AGAGAAGAAGGGCCCCCGGGCUCCUUCCUUCCUUCCUUCUCCAUAGCGAAGCGAACGCACGCAGGCAGGCGCCGCAGCCAGCCACGCCACGGAGCCACCUUCCUCUUCCUCCGCCUCCACCUCCUCCUCCUCCUCCUGCCCUUCCACAGCCACAGAGUUUGCGCUUGCGCGGCCCUCUAAAAAUAAGAAGAAGAAAAAAUCUCUCCUCGCGCAAUCGCAUCUCCCCCCCAAGCGACGAGGCGCCGUGCGCACCGCCCCACGCGCCGAUCUCGGCCGCCCCGCCCCGCCCGCUGCGAACGGGGGAGGCAACCCCGUCUUCCUCGGGGGGCCGGCGGGCAUGGGCGCGUGCGUCUCCCGGCCCAGCGCCUGCGUGGGCAAGCCCAACACGCCGCGCUCCGGCGACGCGGCCCGGGCUGGCGGCGCGCGGCGGAGGCGGCGCCGGGGGAAGGGCCGCAGGACGGCGCCCUCGCGCGCCGCGUCGAUGGAGACCAUCCAGGAGGCCGAGGGCUCGGUCUCGCCGUCGGCGGCCGCCGCCUCGGCCUCCGGCGAUUGCCGGACGUACAGCAACCCGGCGUUCCAAGUGACUGGGAGCUUGGAGGAGGCCUGGUACGACUCGUUCGCGAUUAGUGAAUCAGAUGGGGAGGACGAUUUCCACAGCGUGCAAGAUGAUGCCUUUUCAUUGAAUGGCUUCGAGAACGAAGCAGCAUUGAGUAUGAGGGAUUUCAAUGGCGGGAGCUUCAAUGGAGCUACACACCCUGCUGAUAACCACCAUAGGAAGCCAAGGUCCAGUGAGCUGCCAAAAGGGAAUUCGGAGAAUGGUGUGAGGUCCUCUGUUAGCCAUGAGGAUGUGGUGAGUGUUUCAGGCGACGAUAGCCCGAAUGGUGGAGGAAGGAUACUGGACGAUUGUGGUCUUCUGCCAAACAACUGUUUACCCUGUAUGGCCUCUGCUGUUGGUGUAAACGAGAAGAAGCGAGCUCUUUCCACAAGCCCCACUCAUUCCAUGAAGAUGCCCUCGUUGAAGCUCUCAUUCAAGAAGAAGUCUGGGGAAGCCCACCCGCCAUCCACACUAUUGUCUACAAAGGAUUUUCUUGAAAGGCCCCUAGCAGGUUCUCAGGUACAGUUAUGUUUGCUGGAAAAGAAAGUUCUGAAUAGCUGGUCUCAUGUUGAUCCUGGUACAUUCCGAGUCCGAGGAUCUAACUAUAUUAGGGAUAAAAAGAAAGAGCUUGCUCAAAAUUGUGCAGCAUACUAUCCAUUUGGAGUUGAUGUAUACUUAUCGCCACAAAAACUCAAUCAUAUAUCUCGAUUUGUUAAACUUCCUGAUACUCAAAUCUCCAGCAAGCUCCCACCUCUUUUGGUGGUCAAUGUACAGGUUCCACUAUAUCCUGCUUCACUCUUUCAGAAUGAAACUGAUGGGGAAGGGAUGAGCUUUGUUUUGUAUUUUCGGCUUUCUGAAGGUUACUCAAAAGAGCUUCCGCCAUUGUUCAUUGAGAAUAUUAGAAGGUUGGUUGAUGAUGAUGUGGAAAAGAUUAAAGCAUUUCCAAUGGAAACAACUAUACCAUUUCGAGAACGGCUGAAGAUACUUGGGCGGGUGGCUAAUCUGGAAGACCUUCCUUUAAGUGCAGCAGAGAGGAAGCUGAUGAAUGCAUACAAUGAGAAGCCUGUGCUUUCUAGACCCCAGCAUCAAUUUUUCCUGGGUGAUAACUACUUUGAGGUUGACAUUGAUAUGCAUAGAUUUGGGUACAUCUCAAGGAAAGGUUUUGAAACAUUUCUUGACAGGCUAAAAAUAUGCAUGCUAGAUGUUGGUCUAACCAUUCAGGGAAAUAAACCUGAAGAAUUGCCUGAGCAGGUCUUAUGCUGUGUUAGGUUGAAUGGGAUAGAUUACGCAAAAUAUCAGUCGCUGAUGACACAUGGUGCCUGAACUUGGUGCUUACAAGAACCACCAGCUAACCAUUGUUCUGAUCUGAGAGGUAGCCAAAUCAGGCCAAGGCGAGGUCCCUUGAGGUUUCUGACCAAGAAAUCGGAGUGGACUCUUACCAUUGCUGUAGAAGCACCAGCGGCCGAGCAUGUGAAACUGCAUACAAGUAAUGUUAACGGAGGCAAUGUUACAUGUAAAUCUGUAUAUCAUGAAAUGAGCUCCAAAUGCCCCUGUUGUUGCUACCCAUGAUUCUAUCAUUAGUAAAUAUGACCAAUUUCCCUGUGUAGUAGGUUUAGACUUACAUGGAACUUGAGGAGGAUUCGUGAUGAAUACGAGCUGCUUCCUUUAUAAAGAAAUAGAUUAGAACGUGAAGAUGGGAGGCACUGUAUAACCAUCACCCCACAAUGAAGAAGGAAGUUGUAGCACCCAACAUCAGGAAGAGGAAAGAAUCUGCAUAUGCUGGAAGUCUGGAA